AUGCAUUCCCAGCGCCCUCUCUCCUAUGCGCCGACUCCCUACAGCUACACUCCCAAUCCUGCCCCGUCGGCUUCGAUCAAUCUCGACGAGGAAGUCAAGCUGGUCUCUAGCUCCGGAGAGCGCGACCUCUACGAAUCUCUCGCCGAAAUCUACAGCAUUAUCAUCACACUCGAUGGACUCGAAAAGGCCUACAUCAAAGACGUGGUAACUGAGACGGAAUACACAGAGACAUGCACGCGGCUGCUCAAGCAAUACAAGUCCAGUCUGGGUGACGAGUCUGUGGUGCAAGCAUUCGUUGAUUUGGAAACUUUCAAGCGAAGCUGGGGCCUGGAAUGUCCCCGAGCGACCGAGCGACUCCGUAUUGGCCUUCCUGCGACCGUCGAACAAGCCUCGCAUGGCGCGCCUGUAGCCAGCAAUGCUGCAGGUGGCUCGGGACCCGGUGGCGCGUCGGGCAGUCUCAUCCUGGCCGCCACAGAGAAUUUCAUUACUUUCCUCGACGCAUUGAAGCUGAACAUGGUGUCGAAGGAUGCGCUACACCCACUUCUUUCCGAGGUAAUUCAGUCGGUUAACAAAGUCACGGAUGGAGAAUUCGAGAACCGUGGAAAGAUAAUUCAAUGGCUGAUUGCGCUGAACCAAAUGCGGGCGACGGAGGAACUGAGCGAGGAACAGGCCCGCGAGCUGGCCUUUGAUAUUGAACAAGCCUACCAGGGCUUCAAAGCGACCCUUAAUUAG